CGCAAGGAUGUGGACUGUCCCUUCCUGUUUUAGUGCCGACAGAGCCACCGUACCGACCCACACCGGAGCAGCAGGAACACAGGCACCCCGAAGGCGAUCAUGGCUGGAUUUCCCCCGUGUCUCCCCGCGCCGCGGAGCAGCGUUCUCCUCCUCCGUGUCGUGUCCGGGCUGAAGUAGGGAAUGCUGCUGUUAUUCUCCGGUUAGCUGCUAACACCGCGGGCCCGUUUUAUUGCAGCUGCCAGCCCCCUUCUCGCUCCUUUCCUGUGUCAAUGAUUGUCCUCCCCUCACGCUCAUGGCGGAGACUAAAAUAAUAUACCACAUAGACGAGGAGGAGACUCCUUAUCUCGUCAAGCUGUCCGUUUCUCCGGAGAAAGUCACCUUAGCGGAUUUUAAAAAUGUCCUCAACAACCGACCGGUCAACAGCUACAAAUUCUUCUUCAAAUCCAUGGACCAGGAUUUCGGGGUUGUCAAAGAAGAGAUUUCCGAUGACAACGCUAAGCUGCCAUGCUUCAACGGGAGGGUGGUGUCCUGGCUGGUUCUGGCAGAGAGUGCGCACUCGGAUGGAGGGUCUCAGUGCACAGAGAGCCAUCCGGAGCUCCCCCCUCCCCUCGAAAGGACAGGGGGCAUCGGAGACUCACGACCCCCCUCCUUCCAUGCCAAUGCAGUGAGCAGCCGCGACGGUCUGGACACGGAGACGGGGACAGAGUCUCUCCUGAGCCACAGACGGGAGCGAGAAAGAGAGCGAGCUCGCAGGAGAGCUCGGGAAACUGAGCUCCCUCGCAUCAACGGUCACUCCAAAUCAGAGCGCACGGCAAGGGACUCGGCCAUGGGUUACGACAGCGCCUCGGUAAUGAGCAGCGAGCUGGAGUCCAGCUCGUUUGUCGACAGCGAGGAAGAUGAGGACGCUAGCAGGCUCAGUAGUUCCACAGAGCAGAGUUCGUCUUCACAGCUGAUGCGUCGACACAAACGGCGCCGACGAAGGCACAAGGUGGCCAAAAUAGACCGGUCUUCAUCCUUCAGCAGCAUCACAGACUCCACCAUGAGCCUCAACAUCAUCACCGUCACACUCAACAUGGAGAAAUACAACUUCCUGGGUAUCAGUAUUGUGGGGCAGAGCAACGACCGGGGAGACGGCGGGAUUUACAUCGGUUCUAUCAUGAAGGGAGGCGCUGUAGCUGCUGACGGGAGGAUAGAGCCUGGAGACAUGCUUCUACAGGUGAACGAUGUCAACUUUGAGAACAUGAGUAACGACGACGCUGUGAGGAUCCUGAGAGAGAUCGUCUCCAAGCCAGGACCGAUCAGUCUUACUGUUGCCAAAUGUUGGGAUCCGUCUCCACGGAGUUACUUCACCAUCCCUCGAGCUGAACCAGUGAGGCCCAUUGACCCAGCGGCUUGGAUCUCGCACACCACGGCCCUGACUGGACCCUACCCUCACUACGAGUUUGACGACUUGCCUCUGUCCGCAAGCAAAACAGACAUGGCAACCAUCGUCAAGGUGAUGCAGCUGCCUGACUCAGGUCUUGAGAUCCGAGACAGGAUGUGGUUGAAGAUCACCAUCGCUAAUGCAGUCAUUGGUGCUGAUGUGGUCGACUGGCUUUACUCCAGAGUAGAAGGCUUCAAAGAUCGACGAGAUGCAAGAAAGUAUGCGAGCAGUUUGCUGAAACAUGGCUACCUGAGGCACACAGUCAACAAAAUCACCUUCUCUGAACAGUGCUACUACACGUUUGGAGACCUCUGCCAAAACAUGGCGUCACUCAAUUUAAACGAGGGAUCCAGUGGCGGAGGAUCUGAGCAGGACACUUUGGCACCUCUACCUCCCACCGCCAACCCCUGGCCUCUGGGGGGACAGCCGUUCCCCUACCCUCCUUUUCCCUCGGCACCCCCGAGCUUCCCGCCAGGCUACUCCGACCCGUGCCACAGUUUUCACAGCGGCAGCGCAGGCAGCCAGCACAGUGAGGGAAGCCGAAGCAGUGGAUCCAACUCCAGCGCAGGCAAGGACAGACGCUCUCCGCAGGAGAGGUGUCAGAGGACAGCAUGCAGCGAACCAGAGCCCGGUGUUCGUGGAGGGAGGCGCGGUGACCGGUCCGCCAGCCAGAUGAGCCACCACAGCCACGCCCUCUCCAGCCACAGCCACGCCAGGUCGAGUCUCAGUCACAGGAGCCCCUCUUUCUCUCAGAACAAUCACCCCCCCUUCACCUAUAGCCACGCCCCCUUCGCCCAGCCAAGCCCAGGCUCCUGCGCACAGAGCGAGCGGAGCCACGCCUCCUCCUACGGCCCCCCAGGCCUGCCUCCCCCUUACUGUCUGGCUCGUCUGGCUCCCAAAACCUCUGUCAGCAGCAGCACCCCCCCUGGGGCCCCCCCUGGGAGAGAGUUAGCAGCCGUUCCUCCUGAGCUCACCGCCAGCCGCCAGUCGUUCCAGCACGCCAUGGGCAACCCCUGUGAGUUCUUUGUGGACAUCAUGUGACAGGACAGUGCCUUUAAAACAGAGAGCACAAACCCCCCCCUCCUCUUAGCUUCCUGCUGUCUGAUGUCCACAGGAAGUACCUGCUGUGUUAGCACAAACAGCGACGUCGCCACUCCCAAAGCACAGGUGCUCUGCUGAGGAAACCAAGCGACUCUUUCCUGUUGACGUGUACAGUCUGUGAAACGUGAGUGGUGUUCAGUGCGGUGACGUCUUUAAAGCUGCCAUGCGGACAUUCUGGGGAGGUUUUUCUCUACCUGGGAUGUUUUCUGUUCUGCGGGACCUUUAACGUGGCUGGGGCUGGAUCUCAAUCCUCCAGACCUGGGUUGUGUGCCGACUCAUCAAACUCUUGUUUCUGUUGCCAGCAGGUGGUCUGAGCUCUCCCCGUUCAGCCUGAGCGGGUCCUGGCCCGGCUGUCAGCCAACGGCUGCUCAGUGCGUGACCGUCUUAACUGCUUUAAAUAAAUUUAAUGAAUUAAUUUUGUUUUAAAGUAUUGUCGGCUCCAGAGGGUGAAUGCGUACACUGGAUGGCGUUGUGGUGUUAUUUAUGUGUUCAUGUUGCGUUGAUUUGGUUUGCCUUCAGCAGCUCACUGACAGACAAUCAGACACCACACUCUGUGAGGCCGGGGCCGCUCUCCACUGACGUAGCUGUGCUGCGGUGACGGCACCGUUGCUGCGGACGUUCGCCUGCUCGCGUGCCGAUCACCAGUACCUGCUGUGAGUCAGUGAGAAAAGCCAAAGGCUCACAUGGUGUGGUGGGUAUUUCUUAAUGUCUGAGCGGUUUCUGAUGCCAAUCUUUUAUUUUUCAUUUACUCGUUUUAAUUUUGUGAUCAUCACAUCUCUACCAGUUUAAACCGACUUCGAGGGGAAUCCCGACCGACAAUAACAAUGGCAACCCCGAUUUAUUCACUUAAUCACACACACACACACACACACUUGUUUUAUGAGCACUUAUGUUUUUGUCUCCCUCCUUUUAGAAUGAAACACUGUUUGCAAUCAAAGCUUUCUUUAAUUUUGUUUCGCAGCAAAAAAGGAAUAAAUUGUACAUAGAAAAUUAUAUAUGAAUUAAAAAUAUAUAUGUUCAAAGAUG